ACCCCCCAGCGUCCCGUGGCCAUGACGACCGCUCCGCGGGACUCGCUGGUGUGGAAGCUCGCCUGGCUGCUGCGGGAGUCCGGGGACGCGGUCCUGUCUGGUGGUAGCACACUGAGCCUACUGACUACCACACUGCAGCAGCUGAACCGUGUAUUUGAGCUGCACCUGGGGCCAUGGGGCCCUGGCCAGACGGGCUUUGUGGCUCUGCCCUCCCACCCUGCUGACUCCUCUGUCAUUCUCCAGCUUCAAUUCCUCUUCGAUGUGCUGCAGAAAACACUUUCACUCAAGCUGGUCCAUGUCCCUGGUCUUGGCUUCCCAGGACCCAUCAAGAUUUUUCCCUUCAAGUCCCUUCGGCAGCUGGAGCUCCGAGGUGUCCCCCUCCACUGCCUGCAUGGCCUCCGUGGCAUCUAUUCCCAGCUGGAGACCCUGAUUUGCAGCAAGAGCAUCCAGGCAUUAGAAGAGCUCCUCUCAGCUUGCGGUGGUGACCACUGCUCUGCCCUCCCCUGGCUGGCUCUGCUUUCUGCCAACUUCAGCCACAAUGCACUGACCACCUUAGACAGCUCCCUGCGUCUCUUAUCAGCUCUGCGCUUCUUGAACCUGAGCCACAAUCAAGUCCAGGACUGCCAGGGCUUCCUAAUGGAUUUGUCUGAGCUUUACCAUCUGGACAUCUCCUAUAAUCGCCUACACUUGGUGCCCAGAAUGGGACCCUCAGGGGCUGCUCUGGGGACCCUGAUACUGAGAGGCAAUGAGCUUCAGAGCCUUCAUGGCCUGGAGCAUCUGAGGAACCUGCGGCACCUGGAUGUGGCGUACAACCUGCUGGAAGGACACAAGGAACUGUCGCCACUGUGGCUGCUGGCCGAGCUCCGCAAGCUCUAUCUGGAGGGGAACCCUUUGUGGUUCCACCCUGCACACCGAGCUGCCACCGCCCAGUACUUGUCACCCCAGGCCAAGGAUGCUGCUUCUGGCUUCCUUCUUGAUGGUGAGGUCUUGUCACCAAAGGAUUUUCAGAGCCCCUCAUCCUUGGGGUUUGGCCCCAUAGCCCCACCUCUGUCCUGGCCAGUGGGGAGUGUCACCGAAACCUCAGGUGGCCUUGACCUGAGUGACAGCCUCUCCUCAGGCGGCAUGGUGGCCCAGCGCCCACUUCAUAAGGUUAAGAGCCGAGUCCGUGUGAGGCGGGCGAGCAUCUCUGAACCCAGUGAUACAGACCCAGAGCCCCGAACUCUGGACCCCUCCCCUGUGGGGUGGUUUGUGCAACAACACCGGGAACUGGAGCUCAUGAACAGCUUCCGGGAGCGGUUUGGCUGUGACUGGCUGCAGUAUAGGAAUCACCUGGAGACCUGUGGGAACCCCCUUCUGGCUCCCUCCAAGACUCCUGCCCUGAGCACCCCUCCUCUGGACUUCCUGGGCCCAGAGGCUCCCCACCCCGGCCCUUUGCCCCCAGAGAAGGAAGCUGGUGGCCCUGAGAAGUCACCACAGAAAAUGUCAGAGGAGGUUAGGGUGGAGCCAGAACUACAGGAAGAAGAAGAGAUGGAGAAACAGGAAAAAGAGGAGGAAGGAGAAGAGGAACAGGAGCAGAAAGAAGUGGAAGUGGAGCUCUGUCGCCCCAUGCUGGUGUGUCCCCUGAAGGGGCCUGCGGGUGUGCGGGGCAGGGAGUGUUUCCUCCGGGUCACUUCUGCCCACCUGUUCGAGGUGGAGCUCCGAGCAGCUCGAACCCUGGAACGGCUGGAGCUGCAGAGUCUGGAGGCAGCUGAGGUAGAGCCUGGGACCCAGACCCAGACAGAGCCAGUGCCGGAGGGCUCAGAUCUGCGCCCUGGGGCCCCAGUCCUUGUCCUGCGCUUCUCCUACAUUUGCCUUGAGCGUCAGCUGCGUCGCUACUUGGUGCUGGAGCCUGAUGCCCAUGCAGCCAUCCAGGAGCUACUUGCUGUGUUGACCCCAGUCACUGCCACAGCUCGGCGUCAGCUUGGGGAAGCCAGGGACCCACAAGGGGCCAGAUUCCAGUGUCUGCGUUGUGGCCGUGAGUUCAAGUCAGAGGAUCCCAGGUGGGGACUGGACAGUGAGGAAGCCUGGAGGCCUCUGUUCCAAAAUCCAGAAUCUCCUGCUGUGUGUCCACACUGUGGUAGUGACCAUGUGGUUCUCCUGUCUCUGUCUGGGGGAACCCCCAAUGGAAAGCAGAAACAGGGAGAGCAAUCGCCAUCUCCCUCUCAGUCCCUGAGGCCUGUCUGUGACCCUCCUGGCCACAGUGACCACCACAGCAGGGCCAACAGCAUCCCACCUCAGGCACCAAUCAACCGUGACUAUAGCAGUUGGAACCUCAGUCCCCCUCCUGAGCACUGUGGCUUCCGCUCCGUGGACCACCGACUCCGGCUCUUCCUGGAUGUCGAGGUGUUCACCGAUGCCCAGGAGGAGUUCCAGUGCUGCAUCAAGGCACCAGUAGCAGUGGCAGGCCACACAGGGGAAUCUCUGUGCCUCGUGGUCAUAUCUGACUGCAGGCUUUACUUGUUGAAGGUGAUGGGGGAGAUCUGUGGGCCCCCGGCGAGCUGGCUGCAGCUGACCCUGGCUGUCCCCCUGCAGGACCUGAGUGGCGUAGAGCUGGGCCUUGCAGGACAGAGCCUGCGGCUGGAGUGGGCAGCUGGGGCAGGCAGCUGCGUGCUGCUGCCCCGAGACACCAAGCUGUGCCGGGCCUUCCUAGAGGAGCUCAUGGGUGUCUUGCAGUCUCUGCCCCCAACCCGGAGGAACUGUGUCAGUGCUACGGAGGAAGAGGUGACCCCACAGCACUGGCUCUGGCCUUUGCUGGAAAAAAGCUCUUCCUUGGAGGCUCCGCAGUUUUUCUACCUUCGGGUGUUCCUGGUUGAAGGCCCCUCUACCUGCCCUGUGUCCCUGUUGCUGACUCUGUCCACCCUGUACCUGUUAGAUGAGGACCCUGCAGGGUCCCAGGCAGAGCCCCCUCUUCCAGCAGCAUGUGGCGAGGCCUCUGAGAAGGUCCCUCCAUUGGGGUCAGGCCCUUCCAUGUGUGUAAGGGAACAGCAGCCACUCAGCAGCCUGAGCUCGGUGCUGCUCUAUCGUACAGCCCCGGAGGACAUGCGCCUGGUCUUCUACGAUGAGGUGUCUCGGCUGGAGAGUUUUUGGACGCUCCGUGUUGUGUGUCAGGAGCAGCUGACAGACCUGCUAGCCUGGAUCCGGGAGCCUUGGGAGGAGUUGUUUUCCAUUGGACUCCGGACUUUGACCCAGGAGGCUCUGGACCUUGACCGAUGAGGCUUCCAUACUGAUCCCAGCCCUGACCUCAGGAGCCAUGCUGCAGAUGUUCCCACUCUUGGUCUCUAGGUCUGGCUUCCAGACUCUGGGUGCAGACUUCUCCAGCCUUUGGGUGCUGGCCAGUGAGGCCCCAAAUGACCCAUGGCUUAAGGGAAGGGCCAGAGAAAUGGUCUGGCCUCUGGAUGAUCUGGC